AUACUCUCUCUCUCUCUGUCUCAGUCACUCUCACACAAGUUACUUUUCUCCGGUGAUCCAAAUCCUGCUUCAGUCUCUGGACUUGUUUUUUUUCUUCUAAGUGACCCUUUUUGACCAGAUUAGCUCAAAUACUUGACACAAAGAGUUCCAGCAACUUCAAUGGCUUCCGGUGAUGUACUUCCUCGCUUCUACACUGUCUUUCUUUCCUGUGUCAGUUCCAACUCUUUGCUGAUACCAAGGUCUUACUACGAACAUUUACCGCGUCGUUUACCCAAAACAGCGAUUCUCACGGGAACUGGUGGAAGAGUUUGGAAAGUAGCAAUGAUGAGCAAGCGAGAGCAAGUGUAUUUGGCACGAGGCUGGGAAAAUUUCGUGGCCGAUAACGAGCUAAAAGAUGGAGAGUUCUUGACGUUUGUUUUUGAUGGGUACAAAAGUUAUGAAGUAAGUAUCUAUGGUCGCGGUAGCUGCAAAGAGACGCGAGCAGUCGUUCAUGUUGAAGAGAUCUCUGAUGAGUCAGAAAGUGACAACGAUUCUCUUGGUAGCCUUGUUGACGUAACACCCAUGCCAGCGGAAGAGAACUCUGAUGAUACUGAAGGUGACAAUGAUUCUUGUGAUAGCGUUGUUGACGUAACUCCCAUGCCAGUGGAAGAGAUAAGUGAUGCAAGUGAUAGUGACUAUUAUUAAAUCAUCUGAUUGAUGCUGAACUAUUCGUAUGUUUAAUUCACUUUUCCUCUGUGGACAUGAAUUCUCUUAUAUCACUUCAUCCCUGAAGUUGUUUUCGUCAUUGUUAGGAUUAUAAACUCUAUUUGUAUCUGAGAAAUUGCCACUAUUACCAGAAGUUUAAACAAUGGUUUAAUGAAGAUCACUAUUACGAGAGAAGUGUAUCUUUCUUUACAAGGUAUGUGUAUAUACUGAUGGAAUUUGAGAUAUAUCUCUAAUUUGAACUUUGAGCAGCUUUUUAAAUAAUUGUAAAAAUAAACGAUAUGUUUCAUAAAUCAUAAUUAGCAC